UGUGUGUGUGUAAUCUCACUCCUACAGUGUUGGCAGAAAGGCACACUAGUAUUUCACUGAGUGUCAAAGAGAACCUUCUGGAUUCAUACUUGAUUAUGAGAUAAUGUGAGUUUGUACUUUGGAUUUGUCCCGAACGGCUGUUAUCUAAUCGCUGCCCAACUUUUACACGUGUGGCCGUGUGGAAAUAAAGGGACGAGAAACCAAGCAAGCGGACAGUUUCGGAAAGCCUUCGAAGAGCUGGGAGAAUCAAAAAAAGUCCAGGAAGCCGGACAAAUCAGCGCACGAAGGUCAGAGCUGGAGGUGAAACGACUCCGAAAACCAGCGCACUUGACGCCGCGAUGGAGCCGCUCGCCCGCAGUCCGCUCUUCCGCAACCUCCCGCCGCUCCUGCUGCUGCUGCUGCCGCUGGCGGGCUCCGGCGGCCGGACCGUCGCCGCCCGCGGUAGCUUUUGGCACAUCACAGAUCUCCACUGGGACCCCAGCUACACAGUGACGGACAACCCCGGCCUUGUCUGCGCCUCCACCGGAACUCGGCCGGCGCCGAACGCUGGCAGGUUUGGUCACUACCACUGCGAUUCGCCGUGGGACCUCAUCGACUCAUCUAUAAAUGCCAUGAAAGUUAUUCUUCCAGAGCCAGAUUUCAUCAUCUGGACCGGGGACGAUACACCUCAUGUACCCAACGAGCAGCUGGGAGAGGAGGCUGUUCUCUCCAUCGUUGGAAACCUCACACGCCUCCUGCAGCUGGCAUUUCCAAAAACUAAGGUUUACUCUGCACUGGGUAACCAUGACUACCAUCCCAAGAGCCAGAUGCCACCUGGCCAGAGCACCAUGUAUGAGCAGAUGGCCCAGCUGUGGCAGGAUUGGCUGGAACCCGAAUCUCAGCGCACGUUCCAGAGCGGUGGUUAUUACAGCGAGCAGCUGCUGAACAAGACGGGGUACAGGGUCCUAGUCCUCAACACUAACCUGUAUUACGACCAGAAUAAACUGACGGAGAACGUCGCGGACCCCGCGGGCCAGUUUGAAUGGAUGGAUAACAUUCUGACAAGAGCCGCCCAAAAAAAUGAGAAGGCGUACAUCGUGGGCCACGUUCCCCCAGGUUUCUUUGAGAAAAAGAGGAGCAAACCAUGGUUCCGGCCGGAUUUCAACCGUCGCUACCUCGAGCUGGUCCAGAAGCACCAUGCGGUCAUAUACGGACAGUUCUUCGGCCAUCAUCACACCGACAGCUUCCGCAUGUUCUACGACUUGCAAGGGAAUCCUAUCAGCACAAUUUUCAUAACCCCUGGAGUCACUCCUUGGAAAACCACUUUGCCUGGAGUGGAGGAUGGAGCCAACAAUCCUGGAAUUCGCGUUUUCAAUUACGACCCCAGCACACUCCUUGUAGAGGACUCUGUGACCUACUACCUGAACCUGACCUACGCUAACGCGAUGCGGGAACGCUGGGAGAAGGAGUACCGGCUGUGCGAGGCCUUCCAAGUGCCCGAUGCCUCCCCGUCCUCCAUGCACGCCGUCUUAGAGCGGCUCGCAGGAACCGGCUGCGACCUGCAGAAGUACUACGAGUUUAACUCCGUCAGCUACGACCUGUCCGCGUGCGAUGCGGACUGCCGUGUCGACCACAUCUGCGCCAUCCGCGAGGUGGACUUUGAGAGGUAUGAGCAGUGCCUGCUGAGGGAGGGCACAGCCGCCACCCCCCUGGCCUUCAUUCCCUUGCUCAUUCCCACGGCACUUACCAUAUAUUGCGCCGCCCUGUGACACUCGGACCCGCGUUGCCUGCUGCCGAGGUUGACGCCCUUACACCGGUGCUGGCAUUAGCGAAACGCGUGCCACAGUGUGUUGAGGAAGUAGUUGAUUUUGCUGUCAUAUUUCUAUGAGCUUCCAUUUAAUUGAAUCGCUGUGGUUAAAAGAUUA